UUUCAUUCAAUAAUAUUUUUUUGAGUGAUAUUUAUUAUAGAGCAGUGAAGUUUGAAGUUUGUGAUUUUUAUAAAUAUCUGUAUAAUUUUCCUUCCCAUUUAUUUUAAGCUAAUAAUUUAUUGAUAAGCAUAAUGGCUGGUAUAAAAGGUCUGGUGUCAUUGGCGUUUUUGGGUUCCAUAGGAAUGACAUUUGUCAUUCUUGCAUGUGCUUUACCACAGUACAAAAUAUGGUGGCCAUUCUUUGUGGUAUUGUUUUACGUACUGUGUCCAAUACCAACUAUGAUAGCACGGCGGCACAGUGACAGUACUGGUGGCACAAACUCACCAUGUAUGGAAGCAGCAAUCUUCAUAACUAUGGGCUUUAUUGUCAGUUCGUUUGCACUACCUAUAGUUCUCACUCGAGCAGAGGCGAUUCAAUUGGGAGCAUGCUGUUUAACAAUUGCUGGCAAUGUAAUAGUUUACCUGACUAUUCUUGGUUUCUUUACAAUCUUCGAUAUGGAUGACUCUGACUACACAAUGUGGUGAGAGAUUUAGAGGCUGCCUUUAUUAUUAACUGUAAGAGACGAUACAAAGCAAACAAAAUUUUUGUAUAAUAAGAUAUGUUGUGGUUUUGUGUAUACCUACUUAAUCUAAGUCUGAAAGCAAUUGGAACUUUAGUGUUAGUGAUAACCGACUACCAGAGUGGGUACAUACCGGGGCUUCUUUGGUAUUCAAUGUUGUUUAAUAUUUACAUUAUAAAUUUUGUAUAAUACAUACAACCUAUCUCAAUACAUAGUAUUACCCAUGUAAUACAUUUUCAUUUAUAAAGUUACAUUUUGUUAUAUUUAUCAAUAAUCAUACUAACCCUAUCUUCAUUAUUAUUAUAAAUGGCAUUUUUUUAUAUAAUUAUUAUGUUCUCGAUUGUCAUAUGUCUAUUAUAUUUCACUGUAUUAAGUUGCAGAUAACUAAGAUUCUUCAUUUUUACAUGCAUGUUACAAUUACUAACGAUUUUAAUAAUACUGAUUCAAAAUAUUGGCAUGACAAUUGUCGCAAAUUUAUUAGAACCCAGUACAUUCUGUUAAAAAACUACACCUGUGAUUCUUCGCAGACAUAAUUCAGUACGAGAGGCGCGAUUCUUCACAACCAAGGCAUUAAAGAUUGACCAAUGUUAAAAAUAAGAAUAUAACACAUCUCCAUACAAAUCUUUUAUUAAACUUAAUUACCAAUUAAGUUUUCGUGCAGAAACUAGAAGAAUCUUUGGUUGAGUAGUCUAUAUUAAAUUCGACUUUAUGAUUAUGCGUAUCAGUGAUGCCAGAUUAUUGAUUAUUGUAGUUUUUAUUUAUAUAUCUAUAUAUUUAUUAGCAGUCAAAUCAGAUUAUAAUCAGUAUGAGCACUUAUGUAGCAGUAUGCAAUGGGUACAACAGAUCUGGAUCGUAAUCAAUACUCUAAAAUUCUAAAUAUUAAAAUUUGGUACAUAUCACAUAUGUAUUGUGUUAUGUGAACUCCAUGAAUCUCUUUAUUUAUAGUUUACCUUCAAUGAAAUUAUUCUUGUAUCCAAAAACGGUAGAAAUUAUUGAAUAAUGACUGUCGCAAAUAUGUGAUAUCUAAAUAUAUGUAUAUUAUUAUAUAUUUUUCAAUAUUAUGUAUUCAUCCAAUGCAUUAAAGUAUUUAUAAUAGCACUUAUCAACUAUUUAAGUUAAUAAGAGGUAGGUCACUUAUUUGUCACAAAUCUGUUAAUGU